AUGGCAGGCUUCUCCGUUGCGGCUAAUGCCUUCUCCGUCGUCGGGCUCGCAGAUGUCGUCUUCCGCCUUGGUGUCGAUACAGCCGGUUUAUACUCACGCUAUUGCAAUGCUUCAAAUGAUAUCAAUUGCCUGGUAGACGAGAUACAGGCUUUUGUGGCAUCACUCGCUCAGAUUCGGGUUUACUUGGACGAAUAUCACCAGUCAACUUAUGCCCAGGGAGAUGGACAGACUCUUCCACCACAGUUUUCAAAGACGCUGUCCGACUGUGAGAAAGAACUUCGAAAUCUACAGGACCUUGCUGAAAAAAAUAAGAAUGAACUUCAUGAUGGGCUGGCCGUGCAAAUGAUGAAAAGUUGGAGGUGGGCGUCACAGCAUGAGCAUGUUUCGAAAUAUCGAAAGCGGAUCAGGCAUCACAAUAUAAACCUGCAAACAAUUUUGGUGCUUAUUGGAAGCAUGGAAGACAGUUUGACUGCAAAACAGGAAAAAGCCAAUGCUCUCGUUCACAAUCAGAGUGUUCUUAUAUCUCAGCUGAUGAAGCAAUCCGAGGAUCGCCAUGUGGAACUUCUACAACGGAUUCCCAACCUGACUCUGGAACAGAGUGAAGAAGAUGAUUUUAUCUUUCAAGGAGAGAACCUCGGAGCCAUCGUUUUACCGCUGUUGCUGAUAAAGUCGGAUUUGUUUAAGACAAUCCAAACUCUCCAAAAAGAGGGUAUUCUCCAUGUGUCCCGUUUGGAGGCGCAGUGGAUUCUACAGCAUUUUGACAAUCUGCUUGCUAGGGGUCAUGCAGCUGCUGCCAAUCAUUUGAAUGGAAGACUAGGGAAUGAUCAUACAAAAGCUACCUCUAGGUCAUUUGACUUGAAACAAAGAGAAUGUUCAUCAAAACAAGGGCAAGAGCAUAUAACUAUGAACACAAAAGUCUCUGCAUUCGAUCAAAUCGGUCGUAUCACUCAUACCUCGACAAACUGUACCCCUUCGGGUGUACUCAUCCUGCAAACCGGCUCUUCAGACAAACCGGUUAAGCGUCAUCAAAAUUUAACGAUCUCCCAAGUAUUCCGUUUAUCUUUCUAUCCAAAACCCGAGAUUUCGUUGGUCAGCAUUAGCAUGCUAAUGUCCAAUAAGUUUGGACGGAACAUGGAGCUCGAAAUCCCACGACUCAUCCAGACAUACAACACCAUCUCUUCCAAUUCGGAGACUAUGUAUGCUAUCAUGCAAGACGAUGUUAGAGGUCUAGAAAGCAUUUUCAAAGAUGGACGAGGAUCACCAAACGAUAUAUUUGAUAUUGGUUGGUCUCUUUGUGCAACCGCUGCCCAUUUUCAAAGUACUGCGACUUGUGAAUAUCUUAUUCGUGAAGGAGCCUGUAUUUCCUUGUUUAGCCCAUUUGGAAGAUGGAGCCUUAGUGUGCUGCAGUUAAUCUGGCAUAAUUUAAUAGACCAGGUCCUUGUCAACCCUUACUCCAUAGUGAAGGCUGCAAUAGAGAAAGCCCUGCAUUUAUCGAAUUUGGUCAUCAAACACGGAUGUGAUCCUAAUAUGGUGGAAGUGCCUCAUCAGGCAAAUAUGAUACACUCAUUUAUUAUUAACUAUUGUGCCACUAGCGAGAACCAGAAAAGGGCCGAGAACAAAAACCCCGAAAGUUACAACAGCGACCAGCUUUCCAUUAACGAGUUCCGCGAGAUCUUCUCACUUAUUGUUGGAAUGGGUUGUGAACUGGAAGGACGUGAAAAAUUAGGCCAUACUGCCUUGCACACAGCAUGCUACUUCGCGCAACUGAAUAUGAUAAGGGCAUUUGUCGAUAUAGGAGCUGAUACUAAUGCAGCUUCUAAUUGCGGUAACGGCGCUCUACAUUUUUUGUUGGCUGUGGGUGAGGGGAGGCAAGACAACGAGGACGACUUUUAUCGUGGACUUGUUAUCCUGCUUACCAAUAAAAGCGACCCUAAUCUCCUCAAUAACUAUGGAAUAAGUCCAUCAGAUUUGGUCGGCUGGAGUCCAAGACGGGAAAAGAGGUGGGCUAAAGCAGUUAUACACACAGGAUAUCACAGUUUACUAAUAAAGAACUUUAUCGACUGUGGACACGAGGAAAUGAUAGUGGUAAUAGUCUCCCCCGAGUUUGAGAUUUCAGAUGCCGACAGCAAACUUCCGGUCUCGAACAUGACAUUAGAUGAAUGGACAAAAACCCGUCGUGAACGUUUGGGAUGUCGAGAGUGUCGAGCAAACGAAUAA